UCAAAUAGAUGUCUGAUUUAUCGGAUGUACCUGUCAGGUAUUUGAGGAUGUCGUAUAAGUAAAUACAUGAGCGACAAGGAACCAAGAACCUUUACCCUUAGCUAAAUGUGGCUAAUUGGACAAACUUGGAAAGCACAAUAGUGUUAAUUUCAAGUAAUGGAAUUGGCACGUGAUAACGUAACGUUAUUUAAAGGAUCGUUAAUUCAAUGCAAUAACAGCUUUCCACGACAAAAACUCAAAAAGGUUACAGUGACUUUUAGAGAAUGUAGCCAUGCCUAUAAACUGAAACUUGGUCAUCGAUCAUCGUUAAAGUUUAACGGAGAGGAUCUAUAUUUUUAUGAAAAAGAUGAAAUUGAGUUUGAUAUGGUGCAGAAUGAUCUGCUCUCAAGCUGCCUAAAAGGAAUAAACUUGAAGCAUAGAAGAUACAUGGCUGUAACCCUUGUCAUAAAAACAUAUGACAGAGUACAUUGCUUCACAUUAUGUGGCUCACAAAAUCCAACUCAGAAGCACUCAGACGAUGGGUCUAUUGGAAAAUUGUGGAACAUCCUGUGUAGUAAAUUUGGAGAAAUAAGGAGCUGGUUUGUGAAAUUCCCAGAUGAGGAUAAGAAUGAAAAUCUUCGUUUUGCUGUUUCCAAGAAAAACUUUUGUUUGUUGGAUUCAACUUGUGAGAUGUUGCAUGAAUAUAGAUUUAGAAUGGUGAAGUGUGACAUAUCUUUCAACAAUGAAACAGACAUGCUGGAGUUAAAAGUAUACACUGACAAUAAUAUUGAUGGUGAAAACCCAGAGUUUUCAAGACUUUUAAAUGUUAUCCAUUUGAGAACAACUGGCAGAUUUGCAGAAGAUAUCCAAAAACUAAUGGUUGAAAGAACAACUUCAUUUGAAGAAAAUCCAGAUUCUACAGAAAACAGUCAAAUAUUUUCUUGGAUUAUUGCGGAAUUAUCAGACAGUUCUCCGCCCCUUCCAUGCCAUUCGCAAGAUCAUUUUGUUGUCCUUCCUCCCCCACCACCACAUCCACAGCCCCAGAAAUGCAGAAGUAUGAAGUACAAAUUUAACAUGGAUGAUUUUGAGAGCCCUCCAAGAAUUCACAAGAAAACAAGUCUUUUCCGCUCAGAAAGCACAGAAUGCAUCACUGAUAACAGUGCAUAUAGUAAAUGGAAUCAUCGUAAUGUUUUCUAUGAAAAUAUUUUUCAAUACGAUGAUAGUACCUACACAUACAGAGUCUAUAUAAAUGAACCAAACUUGAGACCAUACCGUCCAAGGAUGAAGGUUAGAAUUGAUCGAUGGAAUCGUCUCAGCGAUGAGCUGAAGGAGGUUGAUCAAGAGGCAGUAAGAAGACAUGGGUUGUGGUUUGAUAACCAGUACAGACACAGAUCCACUGAUGAUUCCUACAAAAAGAUUUGUAAUUUACCUCUAAAUAUAAACCUGUAUGAUAAGCCUCGUCCAACUGGCAGAUGCAGCUCAUCCUCAUCUUCUUCUGCUGCGGAAGACCAAACUAAAGACUACUGGAAGUCAGAUUUAUGUCUUACUAUACAGAGAGUGAUGGAAGGCCGUGUGCCAAAAAUGUGGGAUGUCUUAAAUAUAACACAUAAUCAGUACCUGGAGCUGUCAAUGAAAUUGGAUCUGAGAAGUAAUGCACCAAGGGCAAGAGACUGGACAGAAUUUGCUGAAUGGAUUGGGAUAAAGUCAAUCAGUGACAUGGAGAUAUUACAGCACUUCUGUUACACAAGAAAAAUGGUCAUCAUGGAUGUUGUAUUCUGCCACUGGUACUUCAUGUGUGAACGUAGGAGAUGUGUUCCAACUUGUAACUACGACAUGUUAAAGUGUGUUCUUAACAGUAUGGAGAGAUUUGACUUAAUUCGUGUGAUUCAAAGGAACAAAAUAGAUAUUAAUGAAGAUGAAGAAUCUGAUGAGGACAAUACUCACUUUUAAAAUCACUAUUUAAAUACAUGUCCUAUACUUGGCACUCCUUAAUACUGUACGCAAAUUAGAAGUAACCUCACAAAUAUGUUUCCAUAUAUUUAUUAUAUAUUUUAAUAUUAUCACUUAUAUUGAACAUUUGAUGACCAUAAAGAUAUCACCAGGCAGUAAAACUUUUUAUGUAAAAAAUGUAAGAAAAUUGUUUAAGGUAUGACAGUCGUCAGCUUUUGAGAAAGGAUUGGUCAGAACCUCUAACUUUAAAACUAUUUAUUACAAUUUAAUUUUUGUAACAUAUUCACAUCAAACAAUAUAAAUUAAGCAAUA